AGAGUGGGCAGCGUGGGCUUCCUGGGCGGGUUUUUGUGCGACUUGCAGAAGGCAUACACACUCUUCAUACGGGCGGCUUUUAGAAGUUUACACACUUCAAAGUUUCUUCUUGUUGCGGUACAAGACACAAAAGUGUGGGGAAGUGUCCGCCUUGUUGUUAACAUGGCGAGCAGCAUCGUGAGGCUAAAGGGAUUGGACGUUAACGCGGGCGCCGAUGACAUCCGGGCCUUUUUCCGUCGCUUUCACAUUCCUGGCGGAGCUGGCGUCUACAUUUUGGGAGGUGAACGACGCGAGGCGUUUAUUGCCUUCUCCUGCCUCAAGGACGCUCGGCGAGCCAUCCACUACUCCAGGCGCCCCCUCAAAGGCUCCAAGGUGGAAAUACGCCGCAGUACUAUUACAGAAUUGGAAAAUAAACUCAAGUACUUUCUAAAGAAGAGGAAGUCCGUUUCAGAGCCUACAAAGACACUUGAAAGUGCUCUGGCGCCCUCUGGCGGUUGUCAGUGCUCUCCUGAAAUGUUACCUGUUCCAGGAUAUGAGUCAAAUAAUUCCUCUGUGACAUCACAUUCUGUUCCUAGCGGAUUUCUACAAAGUUCACGCAAAUCAAAAGAUCCAAGAACUACACAUUUUUUCACCAGUGACUGUCCACAGCCCCACUUUGUCAAUCCAGGAAAUGAGUCAACGAAUUCCUUUGUGACAUCGCAUUCUGUUCCUAGCGGAUUUCUACAAAUUUCACGCAAAUCAAAUGAUCCAAGAACUACACAUUUUUUCACCAGUGACUGUCCACAGCCCCACUUUGCCGAUCCAGGAAAUGAGUCAACGAAUUCCUCUGUGACAUCGAGUGGAUUUCUACAAAUUUCAAGCAAAUCAAAAGACCCAAGAACUACACAUUUUGUCACCAGUGCAAGUCCACAGCCCCACGAUCCCAGAGUAUCGCCGCCUUUUGAAACCACACAAAUGUGUGACAAAAGUCUAAAGACAGACUCCAAAUCUGUUCUACCAUGUGUCACGAGUGAGUGUCUUAAGACUCCUUGCGAUUUACACACUCUCAGAACUUCUCCACAUUUUGUUGCCAGCAGCUCUCCACAGAUGGGUGAUGAGCUGCAUGAGCCCAGGUGUCUGAAGACUCUUGAAGGGUCACACCCACACCAACCUAGUGUUUCACUUCUUGACACCAGUGAGUGUCCACAGCUGUACAACCAGAUACCAUCUUCAGAGUCUAUACAUAAUGCUUUUGUUCUUGGGGUUUGUACUGCGCUGCAUCUCCAGUCUUGCCGUCCAAACGAGGCCCAGGAGGUUUUGCCAGGACUUGAUUGGCUGGAUGCUAACAACACAAGAGCACCAGAACAGAUGGCUAAGAUACCACCACCAGGCUACGUGAGGCUGUUAGGGCUGCCGGACUCUAUAACUAAGGAGGAUAUUAAUGAUUUUUUCAAAGGACUGAAGGUGCAAGAAAUGGUGGCCAAUGUGAAGUUUGAACAUCGUCGCUUGUGCCUUGUUAAGUUUGGGGAUGAAGACGAUGCUCUUGCUGCGCUGCAGUUCAAUAAUCGGUUCAUGGGGUCCAUAUGUGUGGAGGUACGCAACGCAACAGAGCUAAUGUGGACCACAGCGUUACAAGAAUGUGAAAACCAAGACGUGAGGUGUUCAAAAUCCAAGCAAAGGUAUCUCACAGAUCCAAAGAACUAUAAACCGAAGUUAAGUUUUGAAACACAGAACAGAUUACCAGUGCCACACAUCUCCAAAAAGUCCCGACUGUCGAUGCCAACGAAGGAGUACAUCGUUAUGGUCUGCAAUAUACCUGUAACAACCACCAAGACAGAAUUGAGAGAACUGCUUGGGUAUCCUGAUAUGCAAAGCUCUAAAAUACAACACCUACUUGCCAAAGACUUCAGCCGGACAGACACUGCAUUCCUUAUCUUUGACCGAAAAGAGGACUAUGAACAUGCAAUGACACAAAAUGGUGUGUACAUUUACUCAAAAUGCAUCGAACUGUCAGCUAUUACCAGAGAGAGGAUGAAUGACAUAAUGGGGAAAAAACACCACACGGGGCCCCAGUAUGGCGCCAAGAUCUCCCCGUCCAAGUAUGGCGCCAAGAUCUCUGCGUCCAAGUACGGCGCCAAGAUCUCCGCGUCCAAGUACGGCGCCAAGAUCUCCCCGCCCAAGUACGGCGCCAAGAUCUCCCCGCCCAAGUACGACGCCAAGAUCUCCCCGCCCAAGUACGACGCCAAGAUCUCCCCGCCCAAGUACGACAUCAAGAUCUCCCCGUCCAAGUACGACGCCAAGAUCUCCCCGUCCAAGUAUGACGCCAAGAUCUCCCCGUCCAAGUAUGACGCCAAGAUCUCCCCGUCCAAGUAUGACGCCAAGAUCUCCCCGUCCAAGUAUGACGCCAAGAUCUCCCCGUCCAAGUAUGGCGCCAAGACUUCUCCAUCAGCAGAGAAGGGAGGCAGCAAGAUACUGGAAAACCUGGAUCUAAAAUAUGCAUGUUAGUUAAACACCUGCCUGCAGACACUAAAGAAAGCCUUAUCGUGAAUUUAACAAAUUUAAUUUGACAACUAAACCUUUAAGAAACCGCAAUAUUAACGCCACUUUUAUUAAGUGAAAGUCUGUUAAAAGUUGUUGCGCAUUAUACAUGGCAAGCCAAGACUGGAAAGUGUGCAUCUUGUUUUGGGAGCAGAAGUAAGAAAAGUUUACUUAGAAUAAUCCAAUGUAGUUGUUACCUCUUUUAGUCUACUUGCAUCACAUGUGAGACUUUUCCAGCAAUGUUUUGCAAAGGACACUUGAAUAUUAUUUGUCCAUUAAGCAAGCAGAUUAAACUUGACACUUGGAUGACAUUUGUUUAUUUCAAAACAAACAAUUCAGUAGAUACAUGUUGCUUCAUCAGAUGAUGUGUCUGGUAACUAAGUGAAAGAUUCUGAUGUUUUUGUAUAAACCUAAAAGUCAAAAAUAAAAAGACAGAACGUGUACAAGAGACAUUCACUGCUGAUGGAGACCAAGUGAAGAAUGGGGUCAGAAAAAUGUCUAGAAUCCGGAGGACCAUCAGUAAUGAGGACGACCUGUAGACAAAAAGACUGGAUUAUAAAUUGCAACAAAAAAGAUGAUCACACUAUUUUGGACGUGGGAAAUAAUUAACAGCUGUUUGUGAGAAUGUCAUUAAAAUCCAGGCAGUGCUUAUUACGUGUGUCGACAUAGGGAUGUGUGUAUGAACACUACAACAGCGUCUUCUUCCUGGCUGGAUGUAACUCCGUAGAUGGACCUUUAUUUACUGGUUAUUUGGGAAAUCGGUUUGUUUAGUACAAAUAAAGCCACGACACAUCAGGAUAGAAGUUGGACUAAGAUAAUGGCAGUUUGAAUGUCCAUUGGUUUAAAACGUUUUAAAUUUGUUAUUCUGCUUGCUACAUUCUUGUUCAUCAAAAAUGUUCUAUAAAGUGAUAGAUGAUCACCUCUUCUUAGCAACACUAUUUCUGCUUGAUGGUUACAGUCCAAACGCCAUACUACUGUAUUUAACAUCCACGUGGCAGAUGAGUGCGGUCGCCUUGCGUUUUAUGCCGUGCGCAUGCAGAAACACAGCAGGUAAACAAUGUGCACUUCGAUAUUUGAUAGUUAAUACAAAGAGGCAUUAUAGUACUUUCAUCCUCAUCCCUAACGGUUGCAGAUCUCUCAAUUAAAAGCAAUCAGAAUACAAUUGAUAGCUUUUUGGAAGUUUAAAUGUGUUGUGUACCCUGCAUUCAAGCCUUCCUGGGACACUGGACUGGCUAGGAAAUGUGCAUGAACAAAAGUACUUAAUUGACUGGAGGAUAUGAGGAAGACCAGCUCUUCCUAAAGCACGCAUCUUGGAUAAGGCACGCAGAGAUGGACCUUGGCCAUGCUGUGCAGCCAGAAUCCACGUUGUUGCACACCUUUUAUCACUUUCCUAGUAUCCUAGCUGCGAGGGGUGUUGGAGCCUAUGUCAGCACCCCCCGCGACCCAGAAAGAGACAAGCGAUAGAAGAUGGAUGGAUAGUGUCCUAGCUAGAAGGUGAAGAAGUGUGUCAAGUGUACCUCGAAAUAGGGGGCGGGAAUGUCGAGUAUCGCUUCUUGGCACGCUGGAGGACAUGGAUGAGAAGCUGGAGUUCAUUGACAGGCUGCUCAUGCUAGGACCCUGUGAAGAAUGGAGAUCACAAAAGCAUUCAUAUUAGAGUUGUAUAUUCCAACGAGGGUCUUAAAGGCCAAUCCAAGUCUAUAAUCAUGAACUGAUGAAACCUACCGAGGUAAAAGGCACCAGCCGCUAGACUACAUCUGACCAAUCCAAGUCUAUAAGCAUGAACUGAUAAAGCCUAACAUACUCAGAUAAGAGGCAAAACAUCUUCUAAGACAAACUAAAGAGUCCAGUUGCGAUCAGUUGAAUGCCCUGAGAUUAAAGCAUAAUGCCCCAAUAGAACCAAGGCUAUUAGAUAUCAGCAUAACAAACAAUUGUGAUAUUUUGAUAAUUGCAUUUUGAGGUAAAUAAAGCUGAAUUAAGUACACUACUCAAGGUGUUGAUCCACAAAGUGUUCCCCAAUUAUUCAAACACCCAUUCCUAGCACCUUUUACAUUUCAAACAAUACGUCACAAAUUCCCAGUACCUGAGAAUCAAUACCCGUACUCAACAGUACCGAUAUUCAAUACUUUAGUGUGUGUUCAUGUGGAAAUAGAUGUGUUUAUUUUGUACCACUGGGCUGAUUGAUAAUAAUAGAUGUGCUGCCCUGGGGUUAUAUUUUGUUUUCUUACACUUCCUCGUAUAAUUUACAAAUAUGCAUUCAUUUCAGUUUGUCCUCGGUGUGUUGUCCAAGACAGGAAGUGGUCUUUGCCAUUAGAUUGAAUGUGCCAGUCUAGUCUCCUGUUUUGCCCUACAAUAUUUUGGUA